AUGGAGUCGCAGGGUGGUGGUGAUACUGCUGGUAACGAAAUACGAGAUGACCGCAGUAGUGGGAGAGAGUUGCUCUCUCCUCCGUCGGAGUUCAUCCCACCGCCGUCCGACUCUUCUUGGAGACUCAACAUCAACGAGUUCCGUUUGCCGGAACGUCGCCCCUCCGAUCAAAUUUUCACUUUUCGUCGCAUCCUUCGCACUCCAAGGAAACAAGGCAAGAUUGCAGAAUAUUACAAAAAGCAAGAAAGGCUUCUUGAAGGGUUCAAUGAGAUGGAAACUAUUAACGAAUCAGGUUGCUUGCCUGGAAUUCUGACAGAGGAUGAAAUGAAGCAGCUUGCAAGGAGCGAGAGAAUGGCAGUCCAUGUGUCAAACAUAGCUAACGUUGUGCUUUUCAUUGCAAAAGUGUAUGCUUCUAUAACGAGCAGAUCUUUGGCAGUUAUUGCGUCAACCUUGGAUUCCCUCCUGGACCUCUUAUCUGGGUUUAUUCUUUGGUUCACUGCCCAUGCCAUGCGAAACCCAAAUCAGUAUCACUAUCCAAUUGGAAAGAAGCGGAUGCAACCUGUGGGUAUUAUUGUCUUUGCAUCAGUAAUGGCAACUCUUGGAUUACAAAUACUGCUCGAGUCUAUUAGGGAACUCAUUUCUGAGUCUCGUCCUUCCCUGGAUAUUCAGAAGGAAAAAUGGAUGAUUGGGAUUAUGGUUUCCGUCACGGUUGUGAAGUUUCUGCUCAUGGUCUAUUGUCGGAGAUUUAAAAAUGAAAUUGUCAGAGCCUAUGCUCAAGAUCAUUUAUUUGAUGUCGUCACUAACUCAGUCGGAUUGGCAACGGCCGUCCUUGCAGUCCGAUUUUACUGGUGGAUUGAUCCUACUGGGGCUAUAAUAAUAGCAUUGUAUACAAUGAGCACGUGGGCAAAGACAGUUAUUGAAAAUGUAUGGUCACUAAUUGGAAGAACGGCUCCACCGGAUUUCCUUGCCAAAUUAACAUAUCUUAUAUGGAACCACCAUGAGAAAAUCAAGCAUAUUGACACUGUUAGAGCAUACACUUUCGGAUCUCAUUACUUCGUGGAGGUUGACAUUGUGUUGCCGGAGGACAUGCUUCUCAGCCAAGCGCAUAAUAUUGGAGAAACACUACAAGAAAAGCUUGAGCAACUCCCAGAAGUCGAGCGUGCAUUUGUUCAUAUUGAUUUUGAGUUCACUCACAGACCAGAACACAAGACCAAUGUCUGAUGAUGAUAACGGAAGAUGGUGGAUGGUAGUAUUGAUCGGGCUCAGCGGUUCACCGCUCAAGGGCAGGGCAGGGUCCCUAAUUAUAUUGAGGAUUUUGAUGACUAGACAUGUUAGUAGUAUCAACUCUGGAUGUUGUUUCUUUCUGAAUCAGUAUUUUCUUGGCUUUCCCUAAAGUGUAGGCUUUCUUUUUCUUUUUCCUUUUCCUUAUUUUCAUCGUCUCCCUCCUAAUCAAACAUAGGGUGGUUACAUCCAAGGUUUCGAUCUCUGGACAAUUGAGUUACUGGCAAGUGGUGAAUAUUACAGGGUGAGAAAUGAGAAUCAGUCGUACCCGUACCCAACCCAGAAAAGGACUCAAUGUCGUUCCGGUGGGCCUGUUAUGGCAUUCUG